AGCUAGAGGUUCUCAGCUCACUGUACUGCUACAUUUCCAUGAAUUGUGCUUUGGGGAUGGCUGUCACUCAGUUUCCGCCUUGCUUUACACUGAAUACGCCGAAAGUCCGGCUCUUCACCGUCAAUUGCCAAUCCGUUUCUCCAGCUGCAUCCGGGAUGUCUUCCACUGGAUUGGUGGAAAAGCCAUGGAAGGUGUCAGAUGCAAGGCUGGUGCUGGAGGAUGGUUCUGUGUGGCGGGCGAAGUCGUUUGGUGCUUCUGGAACCCAAGUUGGUGAAGUGGUUUUUAAUACAUCAUUAACGGGGUACCAAGAGAUCCUUACAGAUCCUAGUUAUGCUGGCCAAUUUGUCCUGAUGACUAACCCACACAUUGGAAAUACUGGUGUCAAUUUUGAUGAUGAAGAAUCGAAGCAAUGCUUUCUAGCAGGACUGGUUAUCCGAAGUUUGAGUAUUAGCACCUCAAAUUGGAGAUGCACAGAAACACUUGGAGAGUAUUUGGCAUCCAGGAACAUUAUGGGAAUAUAUGAUGUCGACACUCGUGCUAUUACCCGUAGAUUGAGAGAAGAUGGCAGCCUUAUUGGUGUAUUGAGCACUGAAGAAUCUAAAACAGAUGACGAACUUCUGAAAGUGUCUCGAACUUGGGAUAUAGUUGGGGUGGACUUGAUAAGUGGUGUCACCUGCAAGGCUCCUUAUGAAUGGGUUGAUAGAACAGGUUCAGAAUGGGAGUUUAACUUAAACGGAAGAAAUGAAGAGACUUUUCAAGUUGUUGCAUAUGAUUUUGGUAUCAAGCAUAAUAUACUCCGACGCCUGGCAUCCUAUGGCUGUAAAAUCACUGUGGUUCCUUCAACGUGGCCUGCGUCUGAAACCCUGAAGAUGAAACCAGAUGGUGUACUUUUCAGCAAUGGUCCAGGAGACCCAUCAGCAGUCCCUUAUGCAGUUGAAGCUGUCAAAGAAAUAAUCGGAAAAGUUCCUGUUUUUGGUAUCUGCAUGGGUCACCAAUUGCUUGGUCAAGCACUAGGGGGUAAAACCUUCAAGAUGAAAUUUGGUCACCAUGGAGGAAAUCAUCCUGUUCGUAAUAUUCGAAAUGGUCGUGUUGAGAUCAGUGCUCAGAAUCACAAUUAUGCUGUUGACCCUGAAUCACUUCCUGAAGGUGUAGAGGUGACUCAUGUCAAUCUCAAUGAUGGAAGCUGUGCUGGUCUUGCAUUUCCUCAGCAAAAGCUCAUGUCGCUUCAAUACCAUCCUGAAGCUUCCCCUGGACCCCAUGACUCAGAUCUUGUAUUUGGUGAAUUCAUUGAACUAAUGAAGCAAGAAAGGCAGAGAACAUAAUGAAAUAUGGCACCAGUGUCUGUCAACGGUUGAUAGCUCGAUCGGAGUGAUGGCUGCUGAUAAGUGUGAAUGUCGCAUCAGGUGCUCAAGAUUGAGGCCACUUGGAAAUAUAUUUGCUGCAUUGGGGUCUUUCAGUGUUUAUUUUGUCAUGCUAAUCUAAAUAAAGAGACUUCGUUGAGUGCUCCGUCCAUAGGUUUAGAAAAGCUAAAAAUAUAAGAAAAUGUUGAAAUUAAGUUUCUUUAGUUACUUUCUUCGAUGAGUCUCCAAAUAUUUUCUUUAUAUCUCUAGCAUCAUUUUGUUGCAGAAGUAGGGAGAAUUGUAUUCCUGUUGAAAUGUCUCAGAAAUUUAGAUAUAUGGAACGUAGAAUUAGCAGCA